UAGAGUCGUCGACGUGGCAACACAAAAACUUCCAUACGAUGGACCCAGAUGUAAAAAUCAUGUUUUGUGCCGGUACAGGGGGACUUGUACCGGAAGAAAGAACUUUAGUUAAAGUCGCGAGAGAAUUCAAUCGAAAAUCUUUACCCGAGGACGAAACCUCAAUCGAUGCUAUUUGGAAAUUUCGGCUUGAAGAAAAUCCGCGACUUUUUAACGGGACAAAAUUUCGAGUACAUUCCGUCGUGUUUGACAUUGAUCGAAAGCUCACUCUUAAUCUGGGUCUCACUGACUACCGAGAGUACCUUGGUACUAACUGGGCUUCUGAUGUUGAGCAGCUUCGUUCAAGAGGGCAGAAAGAUUUUUCCAACCCACAAGCGUUCUUUUCCGAUCCAAUGGGAGUUGGGGCAUUUGUUUUGACUGACGAUAAUCAUGUCGUCUUCCUCAGGCGAAGUCUACAUUGCGCUGAGGCACCUGGGAUGUGGGAUGUUCCUGGAGGGCAUGCAGAACCUGAGGAGCUCGUGGGCAAGAUUCCAGUAGCAGAUGUGGAUUAUAGCCAAAUGACAUCACAAGCAGUGGCUCAUGAAAUAUUUGAUUCUAUUCUGCGUGAAAUUCGAGAUGAGGUAAACAUCAGUCAUACUAACCUGUCACCACCUCUGUUGAUGGGCAUAGCUCAAAACACUACCAGUGCAUGCAGACCCAGUCUUGAGUUUCUAGUAGGAUGCAGCUUGUCCAAAGACAGAGUGCUUGCAUUGUACAGACAAGGAGAUCACGCUGAAGCAGAUGAGUCAACAAACAUCAUGCUUGUGCCUUUAUCACAGAUCAUCACCAUGGAAACAACAAACCCUACUCUGUGGGCUCAGAUAGCUCCCUCAGCCAAAGGUUGUGUCAUUUUGUAUAAACUAUGCAAUGGACUCUAGAAACUCCGCUGUAUCAACAGACACCAUGCAUUUACUUUUUCUUCCUGCUGACUUCAGCAUGGAGCAUCUUGAUGCUGUGAUCUUUUGACUGGAACAAAUGAUAUUGUUGGAAAAUUUGCAUAAUAUAAUCUAUUUUGUACUUCUUUACUGUUUUAGAAUCUCAGUUGUUUAAGUUAUACACAUUUUGGAAUGAAACAAAAUGCAACACAUUAUCUUAAACCAAAGUAUAUUAAACCAAAGUUGGAGCACAAGUAUUCAGUAACACUGCUAAGUAUGAGCUGAAAAAAAGCCUUAGCAAUGUUUGUAAAUGAGGCAACAAACCUGUAUGCUGCUUAACUUGCCAGAGGUGCCACACUUGCAGUAGAAGAGAUGCAAAACUGCUAUAAUGCAGUGUUAUACAACAAAUCAUUAUCAAUGAAGGUUCAUAGAUACAAAGUGAAAUUUUAGACUAUGGAUACACAAAGAUCUGUAAGUUACAGAAAAGCUUUGAAUAUAAAGGGAAAAACAAAUCUAGGACAAUUAUAUGGAAGUUGUAUUAAGUUUAAGGACACAUGCUUUACAGGUCUCAAAUUAGUAAGACUGUUAUUUAAUGAUCUUUCAACUAUCUUAUAUAAAAGAAUCUGUUUUCUGACAGCCGUCAGGGGAUGAUGAAAUACAGUUUGUAAAAUGUAUCAGCCCAACAAUGUUUAUCAAGAAUACAGAAAUUAUUUACGAACAGACAUUAGAGAGGACUACCUUCCUUAUGAUCUAUCCUAAAUAAGAUGAAUUACUUAAUACUUUUUUUAAAAUUAUUAUUAUGAUUUAUGAUUUAUGAAAGUUACUUACCAGUACACACUGGUUUCGAGGGGAAAUCAAAUAUAUCCAUGAAUUAUCAGUUUCUACAUACUGAAUAUCUACUGAUUUUCGUCAUUAGUGUUUCACAAUUACACAAGCGGAUUAUCCAAUGUUCUGCUUGUGUUUUCCAUAUCAAUGUUGCUGACAUCACUUGCGGAAGGAUGCUGUUCCUUGUUAGCGUCCUGCUGAUGGAGGACCAUAUCUGUUUCUAACACAGGUUUCGGCGCCUGUAUCCAGGUAGUUGAAGGCAUCGAAUAGGUGGUAGGGGAGAAAUGGGAACGUGACGGUGAGGCCCCAUGACGGUCGUCCCCCAUCAUUUGUCCUGACCUCUGAUAGUGUUGUCUUUGGUCUUGCUGCCGUCGUCGUUCCCCCUGACGAUAUCGCUGUUGUCUAUUUGGUUCCCUGCUUUGUCGCUGUUGCUCUCUUGUAACCCCCACCAGUUUCUUCUCUAUAGGGUUUGUGUCACUGUUUUUGAUUUCCAUUAUUGAUAAGUCUAUCAGUUUUACGAAUAAACGACCUCCUGCCGCAGACCAAGCAUCUAACACUCCAUCGUGUUGCCGCAGACGAUUUAGUCUUUGUAAAUUUAAUUUAGUCAGGUCUUCUGUGAUGACAACAUUUGAGCCCUUAAGUCUGUUUCUUGUUUUGAUAACCUGAUCUCUGUCCUUGCGCGACAGGAAUUUUAUAAUCACUGGUCGAGGUUUGUUUGUCGUCACUCUCCCUACUUGAUGAAUUACUUAAUACUUCAUUGCUUCUGUGGUGUGGGACCGUGUCCCAAAGUGUGCAAAAAAAAACAGUUGAAACUAUAGUGCCUUACUAAAAAUGUACCGUCCACAUGUUAAAGAAGCAAGCAAGAAAGAAAAUUUCCAGGAAUUAAAAAGAGACAGCUAAGCAUGCAUACUCUCUGAUGUAAAUGGGUAUUUCUGCUGACUUGUUCUCUAAAGUGUUAAUUACCAAACAUCAGACAGUGACAACUGAUUUCCAAUAACAGCUGUUUCAUACUCAGUUAAAGAACAGUAACAAAAAUGGGUAUAACUUAAAAACCCAACAUACAUUCAACUGCAGGAUAUUAUUUAUGUAAAAUUUGUUGCUAGUUUCAUAAAAAAGAAAUCUUUGCCAAAAUAAGCAGGUGUCUGUAUAUAUCAAUCAUUUUGACAGCAUUUCUCUGGACAUGCAGCAUUAGCAAGAUUUCAAAAUGGCACUCAAACUAUUUUAAAUGUGCUGCAAUUGCCAUUUUUGUGGUAGACUUUUUGCCUGUGGACAUUCUCACAAUAGGCUAGUUCACUUAAUAUUGGGUAAGUUCAGGGCCGCCGAGAGCCAGCCCGGGCCCCGGGACAGACGACCUCGAUCUCCGGGCCCCUUGUACUUGUAAUCGUAAAUUAUUUUCCCAGUAUAUAAUGUAUGUUUACAAUUCGAAUCUCAAUA